GGGCCACUGUUAUUCAGGUCACUUCUUAGAAAGCUUUGUGAAGAAAUGCAAAUUCUCAGAUUGUCAGAACAAAACCGUGAAAGUUUCACUAAGAAAGAAAGGCUUAGCCACAGCUUUUUUCCCUGUAAGACUGAUUAUCAAACUGAGUUCAUGAUGCAGCUUUAUCGAGCUCUGAUUCUGUGUGUGACUCUGUCUGCAGUAUGUGGAUUACGAUGCUACACAUGUACAGCCGCUGAUCCUAAAUCCUGCAUAGACAGCAAAUCUUGUGCCGUCAUCUUCAACCGUUGUUUCUCUCUCAGAGUAGACGGUUAUAACUUGGUUACAAAAGGCUGCCAAACCAGUGCAAUUUGUGGUGGUGCUAUGGCUUGCUGUGAAGGGGACCUGUGUAACAGCACUGCUCCAACUGGUCCCAGUGCUUUGCUGCUGUUGGUAUCUUCAGCCAUCCUCAAAUUUCUUUUCUGAGGCCGUGGAAUGAUGUUGUUUUUCUGUUUUUGUCCUGCUUUCUGCUUUUAUUUUGUACAACUGAAGAAUAAAUACAUUUUGUGUACCAUCAUUUGAAACAAAAUUGUCCUUGACAUUUUGAUCUUAGUCAAAUGAAUUCAGGGUCCUAUUCAAAUACUGUAUUGCUUCAGCGUUAAGUUUUCCUAAAGCAAAUAAAAAUGCAAC